AUGGGGAAAAAUCCACUAAGAACUUGGUGGAAGCAAUUGAGAAUUCAUAAAGCAAGUGAGAACAAAUUGUUUGGAUUGAGUCUUUCCGAAGCUUUGGAAGUAUCGAAAAUAGCGAUUUUCCUCACUCGAAAAGAUGGCGAAAAGGUGUUUUAUGGGUAUAUACCUGCAGCAGUUGCAAAAUGCGGGUUCUUUUUAAAACAGAAUGCUACACUAGUAAAAGGAAUAUUCCGGGUAAAUGGCUCAUCGAAAAGGAUUCAAGUACUUCAAAAAGCGUUUAGCACCGGUCCGGAUUACGGCCGUAGCUUUGAAUGGGAUGGUUAUACCGUUCAUGAUGCUGCCAACGUGUUUCGAAGAUUUAUAAACUUGAUGCCUGACCAUGUGAUUCCCCUAAAUUACUAUGAGCUUUUCCGUGAGCCUAUGACCAUUUCCAAUUUGACAGACAAUGAUCGUGUUGAGAUAUAUCGCCAACGCAUAGACAACCUUCCUAUCCCAAAUCGACAGCUUCUUCUUUAUCUUUUGGAUUUGCUGGCUGUUUUUGCUUCUAAUUCACACAUAAACCUAAUGCCCGCAGAGAAUUUAGCCGCUAUUUUUCAACCUGGUAUCCUAUCCCAUCCUAACCACGAAGUAUAUUCCAAAGAUUACAAAAUUUCACAAAAUGCUCUGUUAUUUUUAAUUAGCCAUCAAGGAAGCUUUAUAAAGACUAUUCCUCUUUCCUCGUUACCUCCCCUGGUUCCCAGUCCCACAUCUCCCGAUGCUUCUUCUUCCACCUUGGUAGCACAAUCCGAUCAUCACCCCAAAAUGGAAUUGUAUAGCUCCAAAAGUGGAACCGUUAAGCGAUGGCGUUCCUUAAAUCGCCAAUCCCGUAAAAAUCUUUCUACUGCCGAUAUUCUUGAUCGUGGUACCAACGUGGAUGAUCAAAAACUAUCUGGUUCCCCUAAAAAUGAUAAACCUAGAUCCAACUCUUUAUCCCGAAGUGGUUCCAUGAAGCUCUUUCAUACACUGGACCGUCGGAGGGACACCUAA